ACAAGCUACCGACCACGAUGCAGUCCACACGAUUCCUCGCCGCCAAUGCGCUGCGCGCACAGUCGGCCUCGACCUCCAUGCUCCGCAGCCGCGCCGUGCCAAUGCUCCGAAUGCAGCCGGUGAGAGGAUUCAAGUCCACACCCAAGAGAAUGGCCAUGCCCAAGGAAGAGCAAUCCGCACACACUAUCUCCCAGCGUAUCCGCACGCUCAAGAAGAUUCCUCCGGAGUUGAUCCCUAUCGGCAUUGUCCUUGCUGCCGCCAUCGGUGCCGCGGUCUAUAGUCUGGGUCGCAAGCUGGUCACGGACAAGACCCUUCGCCUUACCCGACAAGGCAAGCAGGCCGACCACUAGACGGACGGAAGAGAUGAGGAGAUGAUGAGCGAGGAGGCGUGGUGUACAAAGGAACCAAGGGAGAUGUGGAUUAGAACGUGGUCAUCCGAUGAGCUAUCAGGACGAGGACGUUGGAGAACACAUUCUAUCUCCUAUGUAUUGCAGCAACACGUAUGUUCUUUUGGAACUCACAAGUUCAUUGAGCCGGGAUGACUGCCGGUGUUUC